CAGAUGGCGAAGGCAGACCAGCGUUUUGGCCAGCGAGAUGGCUCCGACCAGAACUUUGACUACAUGUUCAAGCUGCUGAUCAUCGGCAACAGCAGCGUCGGGAAAACGUCCUUCCUGUUCCGCUAUGCCGACGACUCCUUCAGCAACUCUUUUGUCAGCACCGUGGGCAUCGACUUCAAGGUGAAGACGGUGUAUCGCAACGACAAGAGGAUCAAGCUGCAGAUCUGGGACACGGCGGGGCAGGAGCGUUAUCGCACCAUCACCACGGCAUACUACCGCGGCGCCAUGGGCUUCAUCCUCAUGUAUGACAUCACCAACGAGGAGUCCUUCAACGCCGUCCAGGACUGGGCCACUCAGAUUAAGACGUACUCGUGGGACAACGCACAGGUGAUCAUGGUGGGCAACAAGUGCGACAUGGACGAGGAGAGAAUCGUACCUCCAGAGAAAGGAAAACACCUCGCCGACCAGUUAGGCUUUGAGUACUACGAGGCGAGCGCCAAGGAGAACAUCAACGUGCGGCAGGUCUUCGAGCGCCUGGUGGACAUCAUCUGCGUGAAGAUGUCGGAGCGCGUGGACGUGGAGGCGCCGGCGGCUCCCGGCAUGAAGACCACCAGACUGACCGACAAGCCCGCUCAGCUACCUCAGAAGUGCUGCUGAUC